GGCUCCUAUAGCCAUAUUUGGCGAGGCAGUGGCUAGCCGAGGACAGUGUUACCAUGUGAUCAGUGAUCAUUCUACAUGGGAAAGCUACCAGUGAUGAGAGCGCCACGUUUCGCCCUAGCAGCGACCUCUGGCACGGGGGGCCCCACACGUCAGCGGUGGAGGCAAGGCAACCACGAAGGCAAUCGCCAUCGCCUGCCCUUUCAUUGCCCAACCAACGCUCGCCUGCAUAGAAGAAGCUCUUCGCCUUCUUUGCUGUGCUCUUGUUGCCUCUCGCUCGCUGCUGCGGCUACUCAUUGAUCCUGGUAAACUUUGAUGGUUUCUUGGCUGGUUGCUGCUGUCCUUUUGUACCUUAUGGAAUCCGCAGAGGCAGAACCAACAAACAAAAGCGUCAUUCAGGGAACCCAUGAACUAACCGUAUGCCAGACGACGGAGAGACUCGACACAUGGAAGCUGAAUGAGCAGCAGCAACAAUUGGUCGAUGCAAGCGGGCUCGGCAACCUGAUACACACAGCAGGCCUAGUCAUCGAUCGCAUCGCGCUCAUGGCAUUCUUCGAACUGUGGAGCAAGGAGACCAACACUGCUCAGCUCAAUGGCUUUGAAAUGGCACCCUCACUCAGGGACGCCGCCUACAUACUGGGGAUUCCGGUGACAGGCCGUGUGGUGACAACCGGAGCUGUGCUCAACAAGUCGGUCGAAGACCUCUGCUUCCAGUAUCUGGGGCAAGUGCCUGAUUGCAGGGACUGCAGGGGCAGCCAUGUGAAGCUCUCUUGGCUGCAAUCCAAGUUUAGCCGGAUCCCGGAACGCCCCACCAAUGAUCAGACCAUGUAUGGCACCAGGGCAUAUCUCCUGUUCUUGAUUGGAUCAGCCUUACUUCCAGAGAGGGACAGGGGCUAUGUCUCACCAAAGUAUUUGCCACUUCUGUCAGACUUUGACAAGGUACAGGAAUAUGCUUGGGGUGCUGCUGCUCUUGCUCAUCUCUACAAGGCUCUCUCCAUCGCCGUGGCCCAUUCUGCCAGAAAAAGGCUAUUCGGUAGCGCGGCUUUGCUCAUGGGCUGGAUAUAUGAGUAUAUUCCGGCAUUGCGCCCUGACAUGUAUGAUCCUCCAGAACACAUCUUCCCACGAGUACUCAAGUGGACAGGGAGCACGAUCUCUCAACCGGCCAAGAACGUUUCAGACAUCAGGAAAGCCUUCGGCCUGCUUCAAGUUUCUGAUGUCAACUGGGAGCCCUACAAGGGCGUUGAUCCUGCAUCCAUUCCGAAGCAUUGCGCUGCUCCGGAUAACCUCUGCUUCUCCAGAACAUGGCUGGUCAGCUUCAACCUCAAGGAAAUCUACGCCCCGGACCGGUUCGCUCGCCAGUUUGGGCAAGAACAGCAUCGCCCGCUCAACGAUGUCCCCGCGUUCCAGCGGCAGCUGUGGAACCCGGCAGUGGACUGGAGCCUGAUGUACGCUUCAGAGAUCGAACGGUUCCAGCAGCUGAUCAACGCUGCAGAUGGUGGUGAUCAUGGUCAUACAGCAGAUGCCGCCGCCGCCGCCGCCGCAGAUGUUUUCACUCCGGCGACCAUGGCGCGAGCUUCCCUUGGGCUCAGCCUGAUAUCCGUGGUGGAGGGCGUCAGGGAGGAGCUCCCGACCGUCGCGCGGUUUCUGGAGCAACACCGCCUCCCCGCCGAGCUGGCGACGUCCCUGUCCAGGAUCCGCGGUCUCAUCGAGGCCUCCCCUCCUGCUCCGCCGCUUAAGCGAGGCGACGCCGCGCCACAGCCCCAGCCCCAGGUGAUCGCGGUGAUCCCUCCCCUGGCUGUGAUGCCACCGCGCGAGCAGGAAGCGCCGCAUGGCACGGGGGACGCGGAGGCUCCGGGGAUCGUGCGCGGCGACGCCGACGACGACGACGCCGUGCCGCCGAAGGAGCGGUCUGAUGAGCAGCAGCAGCAGGAUGAGGAGGAGGAGGAGGAGGAGGAGCAGAAGUGGCGGCGGCGGCGGCGGCGGGAGGAGGAGGACGGGGCGGCGAAGGGAUCAGGCGGCGGCGGCGGCGCGGUGCGGCGGAGCAGCCGGAGCUGCGUGCAGGCGAAGAGGUUCAGGCGCGUGGGAGGGAAGGGCUCGCAGUCGUCCGACCCCAUCGUGCUGUGAAUCUGCGGCCGCUGCUCUCAUCAGCUUUGCUACUAGCCUACCAGUAGUGCUACCUUUGCAGUGAACUACGGUUGUGUUCGGUGUCCAUGUGUCAUGUGUGUUAGGCUUAGGCAGACGGUCGAAGAGCUCUGGUACUGGUACUUACUCCUAUGUAUGUCGUUGAUCGUUGAAUUCAGGUUAUGUAGCAUUUGAUUUGACUACUAUGGAUUUGAUGACUACGCUAGAUUUAAAAAUAAAAUAAGCAUUGAAUUUAAA